GAGUCGAUUGCGGACAAGCUGAAGAAACUCGAGAGGGAGAACCACGAUGCGGGCAUCGGUUGGAUUGAGAAUCUACUCCCUGGGGAGCACGCGGUCGAGAUCACCUUGACGAGGACGAACGACAAAGAAUAUACUCUCCUGCCGCCGUGGAUGGCGACUACUGUGAAGUGCAUCUUGCGGCAGUACUCCGAGGAGUUCAACAAAGCCUCGGAAGCUUUGGAGAAAGCCAGAGGCAAGAAGAGAGAGAAGACUGCGGCUGCCAGGCUCGAUAACUUGAGGAGAAAGGAGCGGAGGACCCACCUGCUGUGUUUCGACAUAAAUUUACGUUGGCCAGUCUGGAGUUUUGGAGAUAUCGCAGAGCGUUACCAGAAGGAUCACAUUGCAUGCUUCCAACUGGUCGCUGAUCCAGAUGCGGGUGAAACACGGAUCGUCACUAGCAAGUUCGAGUACGUGCUUGGCUUCCAGAAGGUCUAUGCGGAGACGCCGGCCAUCAAGUUAAACGAGGACAUCACGAAUGUCGACCCAGAGGCUGCGGCCUACUUGCGGGCCCUGCUGGCUGAAUACCUGGACGAGCCCGCCGGGGCCGAGGACGACCAGGAGAAGGCCGAGGGGGCCGAGGCUGCGGAGGCCGAGGCCGCGGAGGCCGAGGCCGCGGUGGCCGACCAGGAGGAGGAGGAGGCGGCUGUGGUUUUGGAGGAGCAGGAAGCCAAGGCCGAGUCCGACUCCGACACCGACAUGCCUGACGCCGACUCCGAUGACGAUGACAUGAUAAAGCUGCUGAG